AAAUCCAUAUAGUUUCGUUCCUCUUUGAGAACUACUGCACAAGCAAUAUCAGAACUUCGAACCAACAAUUGCAUCAACUCUCGAUAAUAUGUCGGCAUACAUCCGUCCCCUAUCAUUGGCCGACAAGGAACAAUGUGGAAUAGUGGAAUCAGCUGCCUUUCCACCAGCUGAAGCAGCUACCCCCGUAAAGAUCGAAUAUAGACUGACGGUGUGCCCUGAAAUUUGCUUCGGCCUCUUCGCACCUAAGGAUACCAAAGUAGCCACUCCACUCCCAGACAACACGCCGGUCUACUCCGAAAACACCCCUAAAGAUGGUGAAGAACUCAUCGCACACGUCAUCGCGACAAGAGCCACUGCUAAAACGGUCCGGGACCAAGACAUGGAAGUACCGAAAGACUGGCGAAAGGACCCAACCGCGAAGACAGAGGUUGGACAUUUACAAGGUGGACGAACCAUCACGUUACAUUCUUUGGCCGUCUCACCGAAGUACCAGAGGUCGGGGAUUGGGAAGACGUUGAUGAACGCGUACAUCGAGCACAUUCGCAAGACUGGCACAACGGACCGUAUCUCGAUCCUGACUUACGGCCGUCUGUUGCCAUACUACCAGAAGUUGGGCUUCACUUUGUAUGGAAAGAGCGAGUCGACAUACGCUGGGGUGGCGUGGUAUGAUCUUGCCUACGAAUUUUGAGUUCGACUGCGUACUUUUCCUCGCCGUGUUCUCCGAGAGACAACCUAAACUGGCAGUCCACGAGAUCGCCAGAAAAGAGAGAUAAUGCUCUGACC